AACUAAUAAAAGUAAAAAAAAAAAAAAAAAAUUCAAAGAUCAGGCGGUGGCGGUGCUGGGCUAAAACACUCUCACCAUUUUAUUUUUCCUAUCUAGUUCUGCCUGCCAAGCUAAACCCUUCCUUCUGCACCGAUCGAGGGUUUUUCUAUUUACAGAAAACAAAUAACGACGACGACGAUGCUAAACACCGCAGCAAAGCAUCUCUCAAGAGCACUGACUUCGAGACUAGUACAUCGCACCGCGAAGCUGGGACUGGGUCCCACCUACCUUCGACCGUCAAUUCUCGAGCGAUCACCGCCGUCCAGAUUUCUCCACGACGGAAUCAGCGGCUCAACCGGCAACCAUGUCUCUGUCUCUCUUCAGAUGAUCAACUAUGCUUUCUCUCACGCCAGGUCUCACAAAUCGGAUGAUUCGUACGGAGAAAGUAUGCUUGUGCUUGAGCAGUGUUUAGGGCAAGCCCAUGAUAAUGAUGAUUCCAAAGCUUUGGUCUUCAUGGCUAUGUCUACAUUGUUGUCUGAAAGAGGAAACUAUGAUGAUGCCAUAGAAAAACUCAAGGGUGUUCAAGAUUUAAGCUUAUCGUCAAUUGGGGUUAGAGUUGCUGCAAUGGAAGCACUUGUUGGGCUACACUUAGAGCUUGGGCAGGAUGAUUCUUCGAAAGUGCUCGCGGAUAAAUGCUUAGAAAUUUUAGGACAAAAUGAACUGGAAUCUAGUGGUGAAGGUGGUGAGAUCAUACGCGCUCGUGCUAAAGCCGUAAAAGGACUGGUUGAGCUUGUUCAUGGCAAUAUUCAGUCAGCUGAGUCUUUCUUCAUUGUACCCGGGGAUAAUAAAGGAUUAACUGGCAGUGCCACUCUAUCCUAUGGAGAAUUCUUGCAUUCCACACACAACUUUUCACUGGCAAAGGAAUUAUACCAGAAUGUUGUCCAGCAACUGUCGGAGAAAAAAGAUUUCAGCAACCCAGAUUCCUUAGCUGCUUGUAAUAUGUCCCAGGAGGAGGUUUUGUUAGCAGCCACAUGUGCUCUGGGACAGCUCGAGGCACAGCUUGGGAACUUUGGUGAUGCUGAAGAUAUAUUGACUAGAGCUUUAACAAAAGCAGAGGAAGAUUUUGGUUCUUAUCAUCCAAAGGUUGGAGUUGUCUUAACCUCGAUAGCUCUAAUGUUUAGGCGAAAAGCAACACAAGAGCGCUCAAGUUCUCUUUUGAUUCAAGAGGCUGUUGCCUCGAUUGCUUUAUAGUCUCUCGCGGAAUAGUACAAUUGCUAGGUUCAGUUAGAAGCAAUCAUCGCUGCUGUUCUCCAAGAAAUCGCGGCAAAAGUGCUUGCCGACACUGAAAGUACUGGUGACUUUGGAAACCCAAGCUGAACCCAAGCUGUUCCGGCGAUGCCACUCAUCAGAAACGACAAGAUUGUGAUCUUGUUGCUCAAUCCCAGCAGAAACGAAGCAAAACCCGCUCAUUUUCCCAUCUGAUUCCCACCAGAGCAGUACCGUAUGAGGUGGCCAGAGUAACAGCUGCUGCUAUUGCCGGAUUUCUUCCUGUUGGAGGUGGUGAGGUGCACCACAGGUACAGUUGGACUGAGAAGGCGAUGAAGAGUAGAUUCCCUUCAUCAGCCGUCUUUCUCCGCCGCUAGUUGCUGGAGUUUCGAAGACCUCAUUGUGCGCCGCCGCUGUUCGUCCGAUUUGGGCGAAUCCGACACUCAUUUGACGUGAUUUUGGUAUCAAAAGAUCCAGAGGAAGAUGAGGAGCGAAAGGCCCAAGCUAAUUUCACCGAUCUGUUGCCGGAAAACUAAAAUAUGAGUCACUGAUUUUGACCUAAAUUUCAGAAACCCAUUUUCCCUCUGUGUAUUUUGUCAUGAAGUCUGCUCUCCAAAAGCCUGAGGUACCCCUUUCAAAUGUCCCAUGUGCACGUCUCACGUGGUGUUUCUGUUAAUGAUUUAACAAUAACGUUUAUCAAAUGGGCUAAUUGCAUCUGCUAAACAAGUUGAUGGGAUUAA